AUGAAACGUUGCCUCACCUGGUGGGACCUUAUCUGGUUUGGGUUUGGCUCUGUCAUUGGAGCCGGCAUCUUUGUGCUCACUGGCCAAGAGGCCCAUGACCAUGCCGGACUAGCCAUUGUCUUAUCCUAUGUCGCAUCAGGUGUCUCAGCAAUGCUUUCAGUUUUCUGCUACAUGGAAUUUGCAGUAGAAAUUCCGGUCGCCGGAGCUUCUUUUGCUUACUUGAGAGUAGAAUUAGGAGACUUUACAGCAUUUAUAGCAGCAGGGAAUAUAUUUCUUGAAUCCAUUGUGGGAACUGCAGCUGUUGCUAGAUCGUGGACUUCUUAUUUCACGACUCUUUUGAAUCGACACCUGAACUCAUUACGUAUACAUACAAAUCUCACAAAUGGGUUCAACCUCCUUGACCCUAUUACUGUUGUAGUUCUGGCAAUUGCAGCCACCCUAGCCAUGAUCAGCACAAGGAAAACUUCAUACUUCAACUGGAUUGCAUCUGCUAUAAACACCAUAGUAAUUUUCUUUGUGAUAAUUGCAAGGUUUGCUCAUGCUGAUACGUCUAAUUUGCAACCCUUUAUGCCUCAUGGUGCUGAAGGGGUCUUCCAAGCAGCAGCGAUUGUGUAUUUUGAUUAUAGAGGAUUUGACAAUAUUGCGACGAUGGCAGAGGAAACAAGAAAAUCAUCAAGAGAUAUUCCACUCGGGUUGCUUGGAUCAAUGUCAAUGAUCACUGUGAUAUACUGUUUGAUGGCACUUGCUCAUAGGAUGAAGUGGGCUAAGUACCUGGUUGCUCUUAGAGCCCUCAAAGGGAUGACCAUUGUUCUGUUGGUAGGAGCACUAGGGCAGGCACGCUAUACUACUCAUAUUGCGCGAGCCCACAUGAUUCCACCGUGGUUUGCUCUCGUCCACCCAAAGACAGGAACCCCUAUUAAUGCCACUCUCUUAAUUACCAUUUCAAGUGCCAUUAUUGCAUUCUUUUCAAGCUUGAAUCAGUUGGCAAGUUUGUUAUCAGUCAGCACACUCUUUAUAUUUAUGAUGAUGGCAGUGGCACUUCUUGUGAGGAGAUACUAUGAACGAGAAAUAACUCCUCGAGCAAACCUCUUGAAGCUAGUUGCCUUCUUGCUGAUCAUUAUUGCUUCCUCCAUGGGGACUUCAGCAUUCUGGGGAUUGAACCCCAAUGGUUGGAUUGGUUACACCAUCAUCGUUCCUCUGUGGUUCUUGGGGACCUUGGGGAUUGCAAUGUCUCUGCCACAGCAACGAACACCAAAAGUCUGGGGAGUUCCACUUGUUCUGUGGUUGUCAUCCUUGUCAAUUGCAACAAAUUUGUUUCUCAUGGGAUCAUUGGGAUCUCAGGCUUUUAUAAGGUUCGGCGUCUGCACAUUUGUAAUGCUGGUCUACUAUGUUCUUUUUGGUCUCCAUGCAACAUAUGACAUGGCCCAUCAGCAACACAAGCUAGAAUCACAAAAAAAUCUUCAAGAAGUAGACAUGGAAAAAGCAGGGCCAUAA